AUGGCUGAUAUAAGCUUUAAGAAUAGGUAUUGCCGGAAUGUGAAACGCUAUUAUUUUCUGAGUGUUUGUUCAGUUAUUCCAGCCCACAUUGCAGAUUUGUUUUUAAUCCGAAUUUUUGCGCUUGGCGGUGCCGCGGGGGUGGGCUGGGUGGAAGUGGGCAGAUCUGUGGGGCGGAAGGAGUGGGGAGGGAGGAUGACAAUUAUCCUUGCACCAAAUAUGUGUUCGAUUACAAAUUCCAAGACGGCUGAAAGGAACAAAAGAUUUUAUAUUGAAGAUAAACUGAAAUCCAGGUCUAAUAUUGCAUUACCUCCUCUGGAAGCUUCAUCAAGUCGCAGGCAUCUUUUAGUCAGUGUUGGCCCUUCAUUGGUUACCUUGACAUAUGGUUUAUCACCAUCAUUGGUAUGGGCCGAAGAGAAGUCUGGUGACAAAGAGGAAGAAGAUAAAGGGAUUAUUGGGGCCAUCAAAUCAUUCUUUGAUCCUAAUGAGAAAACAAAGUCGGGAAAGGUGUUGCCAAAGGCUUACUUAAAGACAGCAAGAGAAGUAGUGAAAACACUGCGUGAAUCCUUAAAUGAAACCACUGAUGAUAUGGCCAAAUUUAGACGGACUGCGGAUUCGGCAAAGGAGUCAAUUCGGGAGUAUUUGGGCAGUUGGAGGGGAAAUCAAACUAUUGUGCAAGAAGAAUCAUAUGUUAUUUUGGAGAAAGUAAUAAGAUCUUUGGCAAACUUUUACUCAAAAGCAGGGCCAUCAGCUCCACUGUCGCAGGAAGUUAAGUCUGAAAUAUUAGAUUAUCUAAAUACAGCUGAAGAAUUUUUGUAG